AUGAAUUUCUUCAGGUUUGGUAUCAGGAGACCAUGGCCUUUCUUCAGCAUCCCUAAGAAGGGUAAGAUGCGUCUUAUCCGAUACUGCUUUGCAAAUGCCAAGGCUAGAGCGGAACUCAACUGUCCACUCCAGAAAGGUCUCAAUAUAUGGGCUGAAGCCAUCAAGGUUCCAGCUAGCGCAGAGAACGGCCAUUCCCUCGGCAUUGGUUACGAUGAUCGUAGCAGCGAUCCUGGCCGUCACUUCCUCGUCAUGGGCUCGUCAGAUACCGAAGCGCACCGAGUAGCACAUGAAAUUGGGCACAUCCUUGGUAUGCUCCACGAGCAGUGCCGCUACGACCGUGACGGCUACGUCGUUUUUCGCUGCGACAUGUUAGUAGGUUACAAAGACGCGCUCGUCGCUGCUAGUACCGCCGGCCACGCAGACGCCGCAGAGCGCCUUUGCACCGAGCAAGCCUUUGCCAACCAAUUCGGCUUCGAAGCUGGCGCACAGUACAUCAAGAAUGAUGCAUUUCACUUUAUGAUCGCUCCGAUCAUGGAUGAAGGUCCUUGUGACCUAGGCUCCAUUAUGCUCUAUCCCUCAAAUGCGUACGCGGCGGACCCAGCUUGCUGGGAGAAGAACGACAAGAACGUUUGUCCACUGGUGGCAGCGCGCUUUGGAACUACGUGGCCGAUUUCCGUCAACGUCGCGCCGUCGAAUGGCGAUGUGGCGUUUGUGAAAACGAGGUAUAAAUGGAUUGAGGAGCCGCCUCAACCUCCUACUGAGCAGGGACGUUCGACAGUGAUUAGCGGUCAUUUUAAACGCGUCAGAGAUGAACGGCAGCGCGACGUUGUUAGGAUACAUCGUUUUGAGAUCAAGGGGAAUGAGAUGGUGGUAAAACAUCUGUAA